CGAGGUAGGAACACGAGCAGUUCACUGCUGGCUAACCGGUCGGAGAGAAGUCUCGGCGAAGCCGAGUCGUCCGCGCGGCGCGCCUCGCCGUGAGAGUACAUGAGAGAAAGAGUGGAAAAGCGUGUUCGUUCGCUUUUCGAACGAAAAACCGUGCCCUUUUUCUUUCUUUUCUUUUUUCGCUUUUUUUUACUUCCGCGUUUGUCGCGUGUGUACGAUAAAUAACGUCGCGCGAAUUUCGCUCGCACGUUAGCUCCGCAAGCAACGAUCGCGUACACGCGUGAACGUCAACGUGGUGCACGGAUCAGCUCAGCCGAGCGGUUCAACAAGUCGAUUGAACGGAGCAUAUCGGGUGCUGCUCAGAGAUCUCACUCCGAUACAGGAUGAUCGUUCUCGCGUGGUGCCUCUUCGUCAUCGUCUCGUUCCUCGUGGCGAGCAACCAGGCCUUCCUCAAUGCUCCCAUACCAGCUCACUCGGUGUCGAGUUACAGCAUCGGUGCUGAGAGACGAAUGGAGAGCAAUAAAGCGACUCAGGGCGCAAACGACAAUCGUCAAUCGGUCGACUCGAAAUCCAACGACAACGACGACGACGUCGACGGCGGCGGGACGGUCUACGUGAUUGCAUUCGAGGGGAAGGAGGAGAGCGCGGAGAAAGAAAGAGACACGGAAGAGAGCGGUCCCCAUUUUGUUGUAGUCAACGGCAGCGACCUGCAGAACCCGUUGGAUCCGUGGUCGAUAGUCUGGUACAUCGGCUCGUUCGGCGGCUUGGUGGCAUUCUUCCUCAUCGUCAGCUGCUCCGAAUGGUGUUGCCGACGAGGCAGUCGACCUAUGACGGUGCCCUACGCACAACGUGCCGAUGCAAUAAACACAACCGGAAUUACAGAGACCCCGCCGCCGCCUUAUCACUUGUUCGCUCCGCCUUCUUACGAUUCCGUCAACUACGGCGAGAUCGUCGACAAGACGUCCGGCGAGAAGUUGGACAUCUACGUGAUCUCGGUGCCGAUCCACAGGCCACAGGUGGUGCAGGCGCCAGCGUAGAAGACCUUGAAAAGGCUUGUCCUCUUGGCGAGGAUCACAGUGCCCGAUUCAACACUAAUGACAGUCGAUGGUCGAUCGCGGAGAAGCAGUGUCGCGAUCCCUUCAUCAAAAUCGUCGAUAAGUUCGACGUUGAAGAGGACUGCUCGAGAGAUCGAGAGAAGCGCAGCUGAACACCGUCAUUGCAAUUGUUCGAGUAUAGUGACAGAAGUGACUACGUGUGUGUUUUUGUUGUAGCUGAAAAAUUAACUCACUUUUGAUGCUGUUGACAGCAUUCAUCAAGGCAUUGAUGUCAUUCCGAAUCAAAUAAAUUUCCCGUAUUUCUGUUGAAAUUCUGAUGUUUUUCUUGGAAGGAAUUCUGAGAAGGAAUUGUACGAGAAAUCGUCAUCCUACUCGUUGAUCUCAAGAAAGAUUACGACUAUAGAGAAGAUUACUUCGAUCGGCGCUUCAAUAUAAUUCUAGGUAGAAUUUAAUUUUGUUAUUCCGGGAAAUUCAAUCAAUUUUUCGCAUUCUCACAUGAGAUUCCAGAUUUUGGAAAAAUUAUUACAACAGUUUCCUGGAAUCAACGAGAGGAAAGAACGACGACUAACGAUAUUAAAAAGAUCUUAGUCAAUUAUACUUGUGCGGAAGACUUUAUUGGAGGAGUAAUAAAUUGAGAUGUGACACUUAUAGAUGAUAUAUUUAGGUAUAUGAUCAAAUUCGAAGACUCGAACAUUCUCCACAGACAAGUUAUAAAAAGUUAACGAAAAGAAGAUGGAACGGGUCUUACGAGAAAAGACACGUUUCUUGAAUUCCUUGAGCUGAUGAAUAAUAUGAACUUCAGAAUAUGUUACAUAAUUGCAGAGCGAUAAUUAAUUUAGUCGGCCUGCGGAAAGUGGCGAAUCGAAUCGUGCGGUGAAAAUGUAAUCGUCAAUGCGUUUGCGAGAAUGUUGAUCGUCUCGCAUGCACGGUGUUAAGAGAUGUAGUUUGAUAGGCAAAUUAACGGUAGAACACACAACAUUUCAGGAUAUACAUAUAUACAUAUGUAUAAAUGGAAUAAAAACGAUUCAGUCAGUCACUGCCAUUCCGAGACGGAAUAACCACGGUUUAGUUUUUAAAUUCAGAUUUUUAAAUAUUAUCGACGUUUCUUUUUUUAUAUAUACUUUAAAAAUAACUGCGUCUUUAAAAACAAAUGUCAGUGGACCUACACGCACACACACACACACACACAACACACGUACACGACGACUUUGAGAAAUUUCCGUAUUAUUUCUCGCCACAAUCGCGAUGAUAUCGUCAUCGAUUCGUCGACUAUCGUUGGCGUAUUCAUGCGAGAUGUAGCAUUAUAUACGAAUUAAGAAAACUUUACACGUGAUAUCGUCACAUGCGAUUGGCCCCAAUCGCCUAUCGACUCCGUCAAUUAGGGACGAUUAGUAUAGAUUACAAAUCGACUGCCAUGAAAAGUGUCUCCCCGCAAACGAGGCCGCGAAAAUAAUUUAAAAUGAUAAGAGCGAGAGCGAGUGUUUGCCGCGGAACAGAGCUGUGCGCGAGUGCGGCUAAGCGAUAAGGACGAAGGAGGACAUCGUAGCUCCUCGCGUGAGCAGCGAACCGCCGGCGAUCAAUUAUACGUUAAUUAACGUCGCAUUCACGACGGAGUUUCCGCACGCAGAGACUCCUCACCGUCGGAGAAUACGCUCUUGACGCAAAAUCAGAUUCUGUAAACACGCGGAAACGUCGGCGAAUAUCGGCGAAUGAUUUCGUUAUAACGAAUCCUCGGCGAAACCCGAUCGAAUGUGUGCCAUGUAACCCUCCGGACUGGAAGAUAUUCAAGUCAAAUUGAUCGCGCGUCGUUUACG